UCAGCUAGUAGAACAAACAGAUGCUGAACUUUGUCCUACAGAGUGAAGGUGAUCUGAAUUUCUUUUCCUCCUACUUUUCUGGUAGUUAGAAUCUGCCAGGACCUGCAUUUGAACUGUCAGAGUCAUUUAGAACGCCUCAGAAUGGCUGAGAGAAAUGCAGUAGUGGGAAAUGGUCAAGCUGAGCCAGGCUUCCUACACUUCAAUGAUCUGGCCUGUGAGGCAGUUGGAGGGAAGGUCAUUUUUGCUACAGAUGAAUGGUUUGCUCCUGCAAAAAACCUCCUGAAGAAGGAGCCACCACAGUUCAAACCAUCUGCUUUCACAGACUUUGGAAAAUGGAUGGAUGGAUGGGAGACAAGGAGGAAGAGAACUCCUGGUCAUGAUUGGUGCAUAAUCCAGCUGGGAGUUCCUGGUUCUAUCUAUGGUUUUGAUGUGGAUACAUCCUUCUUCACAGGAAACCACCCACCUCACAUCUCCAUCCAAGGAGCCUGUCUGGAUCAGAUGGCUGCUUUUACUUUGGAUGGAGACCGAACUGGGAUGGCGGCAUCCAGCAGCCAGAUGGCAGCUGCUGCUAAGCUAAGCUCAGAGGUGUGGCCAGAGUUGGUGGGCGUGAGUCCGUUGCAGCCUGGAUAUUCCGAUUGUUGCCACAAUUACUUCAGAACAAAUUUCAGGGGGAGGGUCACACAUCUGCGGCUCAAUAUGUUACCAGAUGGAGGGAUUGCUCGCUUGCGAGUGUAUGGUGUUGGGCUCAGGGAUUGGUCAACUGUUUCUACCAAUCAGCUUGUAGACCUGGUGGCUCUGACCAAUGGGGGAAUGUGCCUUGGCUACAGCAAUGCCCACUUUGGACAUCCACGGAACAUGAUUGGCUUGGAACGUGCUGCCAAUAUGGCUGACGGAUGGGAAACAGCUCGCAGACUGGACCGACCCAAGGAGUUAAAGGUGGACAAGUGCGGAAUCCUGCAGGUGCCUGGUUAUGAGUGGGCAGUGUUUCGCUUGGGUCACCCUGGGGUCAUAAGCAGCAUUGAAGUGGACACCACCCACUUCAAAGGUAACUUUCCGGACUCCUGCCGGAUAGAGGCAUGUUUGCUGACCCAGGAAGAGGAGGGGCACUUCAUAAGGACCAGCUGGAAUUCGGUGAAGUGGGAGAAGCUUCUCCCCUCGCAGAAGCUCCAUCCUCAUUGCAGGCAUCAGUACAGUGCUGCAGACCUCACACUGAGCAUGGUCUUCUCUCACAUCCGACUCAUAAUCUCACCAGACGGGGGUGUCAGUCGCCUGCGGCUUUGGGGUCGACCCACACCACUUAAUGUAGUUCCCACCAAUCUGAAAAUGCAGAGAUCAAAACUGUGAGAAGAUACUGAGAUCCAUCAGAAAUGACCAUCUGAUUUUAUAAUUCAGAAAACCCUUGUAUUGGUUAUGUUUCAUUUGAAAUUACUUACAUCUUUCCACACUCAUGCAACACUGCUGUUCACCUUUUGUAGGUUUCCUGCAAUUGGCAAUAAUUACAGUAACCUGUAAUGAUCCUAACCACCUAUAGUCCAAAAGCAGAAUUUAAAGGUUGAUUGGUGACUCCAAAUUGCCUUUUGGAAGUGAAUGAGUGUGGAACCUCCCUUCACCCUGAGGCAGCUGGGUUAGACCCCAGAUUCUCUGUGACUCAGCACAUGACUCAGCAAGAAAAUACGGUGGACAGAAUAAAAUGCCUCUAAAAAUGUGAAUCAACGCUUUUGUAUUGGUCAGAGAUUUGCUUGCAUAUUUUUCCUGUAAAAUGGAGUAUGAGAUGUCUUGAAAUAUUGCAUGUAAUCAUGAAAACCUGCAAUCAGAUUCAAGCAAAGUAGAGAGUAAAAAAGUAAUCAACUGGA